CACUGCAUCUCUCUGCAGUGGAGAGAAGCGACAAGGUAGGCUGUCAUUCUGCAAAAGCUGCUCAGAACAGGCUUUCCUCGGAAAAGCAGUGCCGUUCCUUUUUAGAAAGACUGAAUCUAAAUGUUGUCUCUGGAGACAAGAAACCUUCAGUAUGUUAAAUUACUUUCAUUACGUAUUUUCAGAGGCUUAUUGAUUGCACAGUGGGAAGAGUGAGAGACUGCAGCAGCCUCUAAGCAGCACUACACGUUCCAUACAUUAGCAGUCCUGCUGAAACAAUGGCAAAGUUCAGACACAUAUUUUCAUUAAGGUCAUUUUUGAAGAGCUGUUUAUGACCCUCGUCCCCAAUCCUCUACUAACAAGUGAACAAAAUGAAUCAAUCAAAACGGAAAAUGCUUCAACUACAUCAAGAAUUUACCAAAUCUUUAGCAGAGGCCCAUAGCAACUAAUUCAGUAUUUACAACUGACAAUAUGAAGAAUGCAACUGAGAAUCUCCCUGGGUCUCUGAACCACCAACUGCAAGAUAUUCUUGUAACACAUGAUUUUAAGAAACUAAAGAGUUAAAACCAGAGACUAGGUCUACAUUACUGCUGGGAUAUAACAAGUGGACAGUAUUUCAAGAAGAUGCUACAGAAAAUAACUACAAAAAGAAACACAAUAUAACUGUAAAAGCCUGAAAACAAAAUGGUGAGCAUUUUUAAAGGGGGAGUUUAUAUUUUAACAUACCAGAAUUGUGGAAGCUACUGAGUCUUGAAGAAACAAUGAAACAUGAAUUUCAAAAAGGAGAAUGACAUACUUAACCAGCAAGUAAAAUAAAGCUUUCCCAAGUGUUUUCUGCAGUAAAUAUUCAGAUAUUCCAAUCAAUUGAUAUGACUAAUGGAUUUUUCCAUCUGAGCUUUAUGACCAAUUAUGUAUCCUCUUCUAAUGAAAACAAACCAAAUUAAAUAGCAGAUGGUUUUUAUCAAAAGAACGUGGACUGGAUUUAUAAUGCAGAGCAAGUUAUGUGAUCAAGAAAUCACUUCAAAAUAAUGAGGGCUGCCAUAGAAACAGACUUCAAAUUGUAACAAAAGGAUGUCUAAAUAUAUUUUAGAAGUUAGAAACCUUAUGUUUCCUUUUCUGUUUUCACAUAUUCUGGAAAAUAAAGAGACACUAUCAUAAACUCCCUCAAAGGGAGACAUAAUUCCUAUCAUUUGGGGAAGUUUCUCUUGGUCGUGACUUUUAAGAGCAAAACAAACACAAAUAUUAUGUACUGUUCUUUAGAAAUCCAUCAGCCAACUAAAUCUCAUAAUUCAUGCAGUUGAAGUACUGGAGAGAAAAUGAAAGAAUUCCUACAAGACAUGAACUAAAACACAGCCACUUCACUGUUGUCAGGUAAAAAUUCAUGUCAAAAUCUGUCAAUGACAUCAUGUAUUAAUUUGUGAAAAACUGCUAUAGUGAGCCAAAAGGCCCAUAAGGCAACAGCAACCAGGGAAAAAACCAACUGCUCCAAAAUAAUGUGCUUUUCUCCCAUUCUGGAAAUCAACAUGCAGUCUGAAUCGAACAUUACAGUGCGAGAUGACAUUGAUGACAUCAACACCAAUAUGUAUCAACCACUGUCAUAUCCAUUAAGCUUUCAAGUGUCUCUCACCGGCUUUCUUAUGUUAGAAAUUGUGUUGGGACUUGGCAGCAACCUCACUGUAUUGGUACUUUACUGCAUGAAAUCCAACUUAAUCAACUCUGUCAGUAACAUUAUUACAAUGAAUCUUCAUGUACUCGAUGUAAUAAUUUGUGUGGGAUGUAUUCCUCUAACUAUAGUUAUCCUUCUACUUUCACUGGAGAGUAACACUGCUCUCAUCUGCUGUUUCCACGAGGCUUGUGUUUCUUUUGCAAGUGUCUCAACAGCAAUCAACGUUUUUGCUAUCACUCUGGACAGAUAUGACAUCUCUGUAAAACCUGCAAACCGAAUUCUGACAAUGGGCAGAGCUGUGAUGUUAAUGACAUCCAUUUGGAUUUUUUCUUUUUUCUCAUUCCUGAUUCCCUUUAUCGAGGUAAAUUUUUUUAGUUUUCAAAGUGGAAAUAAAUGGGAAAACAAGACACUUUUGUGUGUCAGUACAAACGAAUAUUACACUGAACUGGGAAUGUAUUAUCACCUUCUAGUACAGAUCCCAAUAUUCUUUUUCACGGUUAUAGUAAUGCUAAUCACAUACACCAAGAUACUUCAGGCCCUUAAUAUUCGAAUAGGCACGAGAUUUUCAACAGGGCAGAAGAAGAAAGCAAGAAAGAAAAAGACAAUUUCUCUAACCACACAUGAGACUACAGACAUGUCACAAAGCAGUGGUGGGAGAAAUGUAGUCUUUGGUGUAAGAACUUCAGUUUCUGUAAUAAUUGCCCUCCGACGAGCCGUGAAACGACACCGUGAACGAAGAGAAAGGCAGAAAAGAGUCUUCAGAAUGUCUUUAUUGAUUAUUUCUACAUUUCUUCUCUGUUGGACACCAAUUUCUGUUCUAAAUACCACCAUUUUAUGUUUAGGCCCAAGUGACCUUUUAGUAAAAUUAAGAUUGUGUUUUCUAGUCAUGGCUUAUGGAACAACUAUAUUUCACCCUCUGUUAUAUGCAUUCACUAGACAAAAAUUUCAAAAGGUUUUGAAAAGUAAAAUGAAAAAACGAGUUGUUUCCAUAGUGGAAGCUGAUCCCCUGCCUAACAAUGCUGUAAUACACAACUCUUGGAUAGAUCCAAAAAGAAGCAAAAAAAUUUCUUAUGAAGAUAGUGAAAUAAGAGAGAAAUGUUUAGUACCUCAGGUUGUUACAGACUAAGGAAAAUUGUAAGUUUCAUCAAAUUAUAUUCAGGAGAGUUUUAAAUUUAAAUUGUAAAAAAUGAAAUUACUGCCAAAUAUAAGAAAAAACAUUUUAAGUAUUUGGUUAUGUUGUAAAUUUUCAAAUGUUAAUGUCAAUUAGAUUAGGUCAUAUAUAUUCAAUUUCUUCAUUACUUAAUGUAUUUGUUGCAUGGCAGUUUGUUAAAGUAAUAUCAUGUUUCGUCAAUAAUAUGUCCAUCAGGAAAUAUUCAUGUAAAGUCAUAUUUUUUAAAGCAUAAAUACAUAGCCUUAAAACAGUGUAUAACUUAAAAAUGUAACUGACACAGGUAUCCGCUUUUUAAAAUAUAUAAAGUGUAUUGUUUCUAAGUCACAAAACACAGAUACGUUUAUAUGAUGACAACUGGAAUAGCCUUUAACAAAAACCACAAUCAUAGGCUCAAAACAAAUCAGUCCUGGAGUCUCUGUACCACUGUUACGUUUCCUGAUGUAGUGUACUUGCUCUAUUAUUUCAUGUUUCAAAAGUAAUCAGCUAUGUAUGAAACUUCAUUCUUCCUUUUGAAUGUAGAAAAUCACAGGAUUUCCUAGUAUUUUAAAACUCAUGAACCAAAAACAAACUCCCUAUAUACAAACCAAGACAGGGAAAAUUUUAAAGUAAAGUUUACUAUUAAAAAAAAGACUGAUUUUCUAAGAUCAAAGAUACUAUGCUUAUAACAUACAGAAAAACCCAACAAUAGAGGGAAGGAAGAAAACAGUAGCACCAGCCUUUUUCUUCCUCACCUUGCUUGAUUCUAAGCCAAAUGUUCUAGGUUAACAAAAUACUGGAUUAAAAAAACAAUAGUGAUUAAAAUAAAGUGUUUUUUUAACUUUAUUCAUCUUGGCCUUUUUGUAUAAACGAAAUUAACUGUACAAAUCUGAAUACUCGAAAGAGGAAAAAAAGGACUUUUUAUAGCAUUGUAGAAAAGCCUAACAAAGCCAACUGCUUCUAAUUUUAGAUGCAGAGCGGCUUCAGAGUAAUAUAAUUUAUACAAUGUUCCUAAGCAAUCAUAGCUCCUAAGCUUUUUAUAAUAAAGUAGUUCUGUUUCCACUCUGAAAAUAAUUAAGACAACAAUAAAUCUUGUCACUUUUUCUACUUCAUCACAACAUAAUAAGCAUUCUUCUCUUCAGUCCUCAAUUCAUGUUAGAAAACUAAGAAAUUACUAAUUCUAACUGUAGAUUAUAAGGAUUGGAAAUCUCAUAGCAAAUAAAUAUUUUUCAAUUUGUAUAAUGUAAUAAGCUGGUAAUGAGUGCUAAUAUCACUAUCAGAAAGGUAGCAAUAAGUUAUUUAAAAUAAGCCAAGUACUUGUUAUAGUGUAAUUUAUUAGCUGGACAGCAAUUAUUUUAUUUUCUAAUACUGUAUUCACUACAGCUCAUUUCUAAAUUUAAAAAUACAUAUCAGACAAUAAUAUAUCAUUUAUACAAAUAAAUGAGAUUCACCAAGUCUAGUUUACUAAAUACUCUAAUCCCCAGGGAAAUGAGCAUCCUGCAAUAGCUUGAAUUCACUGAGCUUACUGCCCAAUUAAAUAGUGAUUUACUUCUGAUAAUAAUGCUAACAUAAUAUUAAAUCUUGCCAAACACCCAAUUUCCUUCUGCUUUUCUUUCCAUUGUUUUUUGGAAAUAAAGAAAUCCUUUAACUUGACAAAAUGUAGCAUAAGUAAGACUGAUUUUUUUUCGUAAAUCCUGAAAGAAACCAACACAUCAUGAUCAAAGGUGUUAAGAAAAUUUUCAAUCAAUAAACACAUUUGGCACAGAA